AUGUCGCUCACUGACUCCUCCGCGGUUGACAUCGCGAGGACUGCGUCCUUAGCCUCUCGUCAACUCGCAACUUUGUCCACAAUUGACCGCAACGAUGCGUUGACAGCGCUUCACGAUGCUCUGUCGAGAAAUCGAGAAAUCAUCCUUGAUGCCAACGCAAGGGAUGUUGCGAUAGCAAGCCAAGCGGCUAAUAACGGCAGUCUCAGCCACAGUGUCCUCAAGAGGCUCGACCUGUCGAAACCUGGAAAAUAUGACGACAUGCUAAAGGGGAUUCUUAGUGUACGGGAUCUGGAAGACCCAGGUGUGUACAUGAAUUGGUCGAAUACACAUCAUACUAACGAGGCUAUCAGUGGGAAGAGUGACCCUGAGGACGCUACUGGACGAUGGUCUCAUCCUGGAGAGAGUGAGCUGUCCUAUUGGUGUCUUGCUGAUAAUAUUCGAGGCCCGUCCCGAGGUGAUCGCGAAUAUCGCGGCACUCUCCAUAAAAUCAGGAAAUGCUGCCAUUCUGAAAGGUACUUGUGCAUGAUUGAUAGCAAAUUCCACAUUGCUGACUUGAGUGAAGGUGGAAAGGAGUCAACCGAGUCCUUCAUCGCCAUAUCGAAAGUGAUAUCUGAAGCGAUCUCAAGAACACGCGUACCCGAGGCAUCAGUCCAGCUCGUUAAAACUAGAGACGUUGUUUCAUCACUUCUAGCGCAGGAUUCCUUGAUUGACCUGGUCAUACCCCGUGGUUCCAACGACCUUGUCAGAUUUGUCAAGGAGAACACCAAGAUUCCGGUUCUCGGUCACGCUGAUGGUCUUUGUUCUGCAUAUCUGCAUGCUGAUGCAGACCCAGCAAUUGCUGUCAAAGUCAUUGUCGAUUCUAAAACAGAUUAUCCCGCUGCUUGUAAUUCGUUGGAGUCUUUGUUGGUUCAUGAAGAUGCCCUUGGGACUGUAUUCCCCGGUGUCGCGCAAGCCCUUCUGGCCAAGGGAGUUCGUCUUCGUUGCGACAUUCAAUCGAAAUCUGCCCUCUUGAAAUAUAUAUCCUCCCCGUCCGCAAAUUUACUAGAGGAUGCAGUCGACUCUGAUUUCGACACUGAAUUUUUGGAUCUUGUCCUAGCUGUCAAGACCAUUCCUUCAACAACGUCACCAAUCUCAGCUGUCGAGAACGCGAUUUCCCAUAUUAACUCACAUUCGUCGAAACACACAGACCUAAUUGUGACAGAGUCGAAAGAUAUUGCCGAAUAUUUCAUGAGUGGUGUGGAUAGCGCUGGGGUUUUCUGGAAUGCAUCGACUAGAUUCGCAGAUGGAAUGAGGUUUGGGUUUGGCACCGAGGUUGGCAUCAGUACUAAUAAAAUCCAUACGCGAGGGCCUGUGGGUUUGGAUGGAUUGACCAUCUACAAGUAUCUGCUUAGGGGUCAGGGACACAGGGCAGGUGAUUAUUUCGAAGGAGAGGGAGGUAAAAAGUGGAAACAUGAGAAUCUAGCUAUUUAG